AUGUCUGAAAAAUCCCAGUCUAAUUUUGCCAUUGAUUUCUUAAUGGGUGGUGUUAGUGCUGCAGUUGCCAAGACUGCAGCCUCACCAAUUGAAAGAGUCAAAUUAUUAAUUCAAAAUCAAAAUGAAAUGAUUAAACAAGGUACUUUAGAUCAUAAAUACUCUGGUAUUGUUGAUUGCUUUAAGAGAACAGCUAAACAAGAAGGUAUCAUUUCAUUCUGGAGAGGUAAUACUGCAAAUGUCAUCAGAUAUUUCCCAACCCAAGCUUUAAAUUUUGCCUUCAAAGAUAGAAUCAAAUUAAUGUUUGGGUUUAAGAAAGAGGAUGGGUAUGGUAAAUGGUUCGCCGGUAAUUUGGCCUCUGGUGGUAUGGCUGGGGGUCUUUCUUUACUUUUCGUUUAUUCUUUAGAUUUUGCUAGAACUAGAUUAGCAGCUGAUUCUAAAUCAUCUAAGAAAGGUGGUGCAAGACAAUUCAAUGGGUUGAUUGAUGUUUACAAGAAAACUUUGAAAUCAGAUGGUGUUGCUGGUUUAUACCGUGGGUUCUUACCAUCUGUUGUUGGUAUCGUUGUUUACAGAGGUUUAUACUUUGGUCUUUAUGAUUCCGUCAAACCUUUACUUCUAACUGGUUCUCUGGAAGGUUCAUUCUUAGCAUCCUUCUUGCUAGGUUGGGUCGUUACAACUGGUGCAUCUACUGCAUCUUAUCCAUUAGAUACUGUUAGAAGAAGAAUGAUGAUGACCUCGGGACAAGCUGUUAAAUAUAACGGUGCCUUUGAUUGUUUUAAGAAGAUUGUAGCUGCAGAAGGUGUUGCUUCAUUAUUCAAAGGUUGUGGUGCUAAUAUCUUAAGAGGUGUCGCAGGUGCUGGUGUUAUCUCCAUGUAUGAUCAAUUACAAAUGAUCUUAUUCGGUAAAAAAUUCAAAUGA